AUGUCUGAAAAAGUUAAGAAAGCGAACUCUAUGUUUGCACUCAUCAGAAGGACUUUCCAGUUUAUGGACACCAGGUCUUUUAUCCCAUUAUAUAAAUGUCUGGUAAGAUCCCAACUGGACUACGCUAGUCCUGUGUGGGCACCUCACUUACAAAAACACAUUGACAAGAUAGAAGGGGUUCAAAGAAGAGCAACCAAGUGUCUCCCGGGAAUGAAGGAAUUGGCCUACAGCGAGAGGCUGGAAAAACUCAAACUACCAACUUUGGCAUUCAGAAGAAUUAGAGGAGAUAUGAUAGAACUGUACAAAAUAAUAAGCGAAAUGUAUGAUAAAGAAUGUUUUAAUGGUAUCAUUUUAUGGAAGGAUGCUGCUGAACGCAACAGUACCAGAGGACAUACCAAAAAAUAUUUCCUAGACUAUCCACAAAUACGCUAA